UCAAAUUCCAAGAUGGCGAAGGAACUGAGGAGGUUUAUGGAAUUUGGACGUAAAAUUGUAGCCAUUGGACGAAAUUAUAGGGACCAUGCAGCGGAACUCGGAAAUCCCAUUCCUGAAAAACCUUUGAUUUUCUUGAAGCCGACUUCAUCUUACGUCUGUGAAGGCGGGAAUAUCGAGAUACCAUACGGAUACAAAGAGCUACAUCAUGAAGUGGAGCUAGGAGUUGUCAUUGGAAAAAAUGGGUCAUGUAUACCAGAAUCAGAUGCUUUGAGUUAUAUUGGGGGAUAUGCCCUUGCAAUUGACAUGACUAAUAGAAAAUUACAAAAUGAAGAUAAGAAAAAGGGCCAUCCAUGGUCAAUUGCAAAAGGCUUUGAUACAGCUUGUCCUAUUAGCAAUUUUUUUUCCAAAUCUGAAAUAGCUGAUCCUGAUAAUCUAAGAUUAUGGCUGAAAGUAGAUGAGGAAUUGAAACAGGAUGGGAGUACAUGUGACAUGAUGUUUAAAAUCCCAUUUUUGAUUAGUUAUGUUAGCAAAGUUAUGUCAUUGGAAGAGGGAGAUUUGCUUAUUACUGGUACUCCUUCAGGAGUAUCAGCAGUAAAAGCUGGACAGAUGAUUACUGCUGGGAUUGGUGAUAUCUUAUCAAUGAAAUUCCCAGUUGUGCAGAAAAGUUGAAUUGCACAAAACUAUACAUCUUGAUAAUAAAAAAAUUAAACAAGUAACAUUUUUAA